AUGGGUAACUGUGGGAGUUCUCUCGACUGUAACAAGUGCUAUUCUAGCGAACCAUAUCCUGGCUGCGAGACCGAAAUUGAGGUUGACCCCGACGUCGCGGGUAUCGGAGUACUUGUCUCGUUCCUCUUCUGCGCCUUUGCGCUUUCUGCUGUCAUCGUUUGGGGCUACUUCAACGAAUGCUUACCGAUUGACGUGUUGUCUCGCACCGACCACUACGCGUUGCAGUCACUCAAGAAGCGCCGUCAACCCUUCGUCGAAGCCGAUCUCCAAUUCGAUCCUACGCCGAAGCAAAAGGAGAGAACACAAGUCAUCGUUGGCUUUAUUACAGUCUUGAGCGACCAGCAACUAGUGACCGGUGUUGCGAUUCUGAUUGCAGGACUUGCUAGUCGAUGUCGGAUCUCGCUCUACGAGUUUAAUAUUAUCACGUAUCUCGCAUACUUUGCUGAGUACUCGCAUUGGCUCUCACUAGGCGUGCUGCAAAGUCACCUCUUUGCUCGCAAGCUCGUUCGAAACUGCCGAGUCAUCUUCACUAUCGGAUUUCUGGCAAUCUUCAUUUUUUCUUACAUCAUCAACACAGUUUCGAGUCAAUGGGAGACAACAUUGAACAAAGGCAAUGAACUUCAAUGUCUCUUUGAAGCGUCACGGUUCGGCGAGAUCAUUCAGUUCGAUAUGUUCGAAUCAACUUUCGUCGUUGGAAUGAUACUUUUCAACCACACUGUGGCCAUCGUCAGUUUGUUUUUCGACCCGGAGAUAAGCCCAAUUGCUGUGGUGAUCGACUCCUUCUACGCAUGUUGUCUACGUCUCAAAGGUUUCUCCAGGGAAGACGCUAGCAUGAUGGUCAUCGAGGCGGAAAGGAAAUAUAAUGCUUGGCUCCAGCCUCCAUUGGCAACUACUAAGCAAACCAAAAUUUCUGUAUGGUUUUUUUUCGAGAGAUACUACAACUCGUAUCUAUCAGUUUUCCCAAAUAUGAUACUGGGCAUGUCGUAUGGUACAGGGAAAAUCGCUCUUGCUGUAUGGUAUGGGGGAUUGAAGCCAGCAAAUGGUCUUCAGAUCCUGGGAUUUGGGCAAAUUGUAGCCAUAGUACUACUAGCACUAACUCUUCUGGCUGCAAUUGAACUCAUGGAUGAACAGAAGCUCCUCAAGAAUUACAUUGCUAGUGGGAAGAUUCAAUUAGCUUAUGAAGCGAGUGCGACCGAGACGACUAUAAUCGAGCGCGAAAUCGCCCCACGAGCACCUCAUAGGACAUAUUCCGUUCCAAAAGGUAGUGAUGGUUGGCUUUGGAGGCACAUAGUGCGUCUUGGAUCAUCAAAGUCACAAGAAGAUUUCGAUGCCAUAAGAGCUGGCAAACUCCUGACACAGGACGACGAUAUCUACACUGCAAGGAAGAUGGGCAAUCUAGCGUUAUCGUACUGCCUGGUUGAAACUUGCUUUUGGGCAGUCGUGGGAGUUGGAUGGAAUUUUGAUGAUACACUCUAUGGUGAAACAGCGGUAUAUCUUUCGCUUUGUUACAUACUCUACCAGUCCUUGCUCGCCGCUAAGAGCAUAGUGGACAAGGUGUACUUCAUCAGCGACGAAGUCCGCAUAACCCGCUCCCAAAAGCGGCCAGAGUCUCAGCUCGGCAUCCUUCACCAAAGCAACCAAAGUCUUGAUAUUUCGGCAGAACCAAGCAAUGUUAGUGUACGGACUACCUCAACACUGCCCUCGCCACCAGUGAGCGUCACUGAGCAGCGUUCUACUGCGAGAGAAGGACAAGUAGAAUUCGGUCCGCCGGGCAGAAUUGAUACAGAAGCGGAUAUUGGACUUCUACCAUUGGCAAGACGCAGAACUAACCCUCCGCCGAUAAGAGAGCAAACCGUUUGA